AUGCCUUCAUCUACUCAAGAAUGUGUUCUUUGUGGUGAUGGGAUCUUGUCAAGUAUAGAGACAGAGCAAUACGCAAGACCUGGAGCUGUUAAACGAACACUUGUGCAUUUUAUUGCCAAGGAAGAAGCUGUAAACAUUGCUUGCAAUAUUCGUGUUCUAAACUGUUUUGGUUGUGCUGAGAGAUCUUGCGAGAAGCGUCCAGCAUUGCUAAUGUAUCCAGCGGUGACACAUUCGCUCGUCUACCCUGUGAUAGUGGCCACGAAAGGAUGGACCUUUCCGCUUUGGUUGUUAAUCCUCCUGAUCAUACUAUUUCUCCUCGCACUUCUUGCCUGCUGCCUGAUUCCGUUUUUGUUGUUCCGUACAGAAACAGCAAUCUUAAAGGACACUGCCGUUGGCUGCAAAAAUGUCCACCGUCCUUCUCUCGAAACUGAUACAUUCCAUCGCAUAACACCAGCAGUAGCCAUUGAAGAUCGCGAGCCCAUAACAUCAACUACAGAAAUGUAUGCCAGGGAAGAACGACGAGUAGUCGUUAGUCCAAUGGAAGAGCCAGACAGAGGAGGCUAUUAUGGCACCAGGGAAAGGAGAAGAUUGUCAGAGGCAGAGUCAGGGUAUUAUGGAACGAGAGAAAGAGCUAGGUCUUCAGAAGCGGAAGGUUUUUACGGGACCAGGGAGAGGGCCAGAUCUAUCGAGGCUGAAUCUGGCUUUUACGGAUCAAGGGAGCGUGCAAGGAUGGCUGAAGAUGAAGCAGCAAAGGCUGCACAUCUUCGCGACACCGCAGUUACGAGCGACAGAUCCAGUUACAGAAACUAUGCCUAUCAACGAGACCAUGGAGGAGUGGCACCCGUUGAAGGUUUCGAUCAAGUAGAGACAAGGGAAAGGAGGUACUGCAUAAGCGAUGAUGAGGACUAUGAAUUGGUUGAAAAGGAUGUGAAGAGGACGCACACAUCAAGGUUCAUGCAGGAGACUCGCCAAAUCAACGAAGAUGACAAAGGCUCGACUGGAGAGCGAUACCGAGAGGAGGAUGUCCAUCAUGCCGUUUAUUCCCAAAGCUUACCGGUUUAG